CGUCCGGCCAUCUUGGUAAAGGCCAGAGCGGCGGCCAGCCCGGGGCUGCCAGAUUCGAAGGUCACGAUGAGUGAGUGAUCGGGCGACGUGGAGCGGAACCUAGCUCGGCCAGGGCCCGGCACGGCCUCGGGCCGCCGGGUGGGCUGCGGCGCCUGCUCGGCCCCGGGAUGGUGCGGCGGCGAGCGCUGAGGCGCUGCCUGCAGCUGCUGGCGCCCUUGGCGGAGCCGGCGCGGCGGGGCCGGGGGCGGAGGAACUCGGGCGCCGGCCGCCGGGGCCCCUCCCGCUGCGCUGGGGCGCUGUGUCCGGGGGCGCUGCGGCCAGUCGCCGAAGAGCCGCAGCUGCAGAGGCGGCGGCGCGCGCGCCUGACCGCCCCCCGCGCCAGGUCUUCACCAAAGAACAUGGAUGAAAAUGAAACCAACCAGCCCCUGAUGACAAGUAGCCAGUAUCCUAAAGAAGCAGUAAGAAAGCGCCAAAAUUCACGGAAUUCUGGAGGACGUGAUUCUUCUAGGUUUUCCAGGAAGACUUUCAAACUGGAUUACAGACUAGAAGAAGAUGUAACUAAAUCAAAGAAAGGGAAGGAUGGGAGAUUUGUUAACCCUUGGCCAACGUGGAGAAAUCCCUCUAUUCCAAAUGUUCUCAGAUGGCUGAUAAUGGAAAGAGAUCACAGCAGUGUUCCAUGCUCCAAAGAGGAGCUUGAUAAAGAACUCCCGGUGCUGAAGCCAUAUUUUAUUGAUGACCCUGAAGAAGCUGGAGUGAGGGAAGCUGGCUUAAGAGUCACAUGGCUGGGACACGCGACAGUGAUGGUGGAAAUGGACGAGCUCAUCUUGCUCACAGAUCCCGUCUUCAGUGCUCGGGCCUCCCCAUUGCAGCACGUGGGCCCCAAGCGGUUUCGUCGUCCCCCAUGCGCUGUCGCCGAGCUGCCCCGGAUAGACGCGGUCCUUGUCAGCCACAAUCACUAUGACCACCUGGACUACAAUUCUGUCAUCGCUCUCAAUGAGCGAUUCGGUAACGAGCUGAGAUGGUUUGUGCCUUUGGGGCUCCUGGACUGGAUGCAGAAAUGCGGCUGUGAGAAUGUGAUCGAGCUGGACUGGUGGGAGGAGAACUGUGUCCCCGGACAUGACAAGGUCACCUUUGUGUUCACGCCUUCCCAGCACUGGUGUAAAAGGACUCUGAUGGAUGACAACAAGGUUCUCUGGGGCAGCUGGUCUGUCUUGGGGCCUUGGAACCGAUUUUUUUUCGCAGGAGAUACUGGUUAUUGCUCUGCUUUUGAAGAGAUAGGAAAAAGAUUCGGCCCUUUUGACCUUGCAGCUAUUCCCAUUGGAGCGUAUGAACCACGGUGGUUUAUGAAGUACCAGCAUGUAGACCCAGAAGAGGCUGUAAAGAUUCACAUUGAUGUUCAGACAAAGAAGUCUGUGGCAAUUCACUGGGGAACUUUUGCCUUAGCAAAUGAGCAUUAUUUAGAGCCUCCAGUGAAACUGUGUGAAGCUCUAGAAAGGUAUGGACUUAAGACUGAGGAUUUUUUUGUCCUGAAGCAUGGCGAAUCAAGAUACCUUAAUACUGAUGAUGAAGAUGUUGAGUAAUAUGAACAUAAGAGCUUUUCAUGAAAAAGGCAUCAUUUGAUAUACAUGUGAAAAGAUGAAGAAAUUCAUGAAUAUUAUGAUUUUUUACAUUUGGAAACAACUUCUGUAGGUUUAUGUUAUCACCUGAUACUAAUAUGAUUGCUGGUCCAUAUAAACAAGAGUUCAGAGGUGGGUCAUUAAAAUCCACAUUAGCCAACUCAUUAUUUAAGGUCCUGUCUCAGUGACAUAAACACUGCAAUGGGUUUUGUUUUUUUUUUUUUUUUUACACUAAAGCAUUCUGCUUUCAUGGUAGAGUUUUGAGGUUAUGAAAAACCGAUUUUAAAAACUCACUUCUCUUUUUUUAUUCUUAGGGGCCUUCUGCAAGGUAAGUCAAGGCUAUAUACCUACCUAGAUUUUCUCAGAGGCCUGCACAGAGAAACAUUUUUUAUAGUCACAGUCACAGUAAAUUAUGACAUUGAUUCCCAUAUGCUUAUAGCAAUUUGUGCUCUAUUAAGAUUAUGCCAAAUGGUAAGUGAUUUAUUUUUUUAAACAUAAAAACAUAGUUUGGACUAAGUUACCAUUUGUAAAGACAAUUUUUCAAAGAGAGGAACAGGAUAUUCUAUGACACAUCUACAAUCCUUAUGGCAGAAGCCCUCUGAGCUGGGAAGUGUGGUUAUGAGACAUGACUUAUGAAAUUUUCUAUUUCUAAUUUAAAAGUCAGACCUGCUCAGCACAAAUAUAGCUGCAAGGAAAUAAUUUAAAAAGACAAAUGCACAUCUUAUAUGUUGAUAGACCAUAUACUUUGGAUUUUUAUUUUUUCCCUAUUCCAUCUCCUCUCUAUGUAUAUAUACUCAUUUUUUUUUUCUGGUUUCUUAGCUCAAACUCCAAUGUCAGCGAGAUUUAUAAGUAUUCUAUGUUUUACAUGAUUGUGAUGUCUUAUAUUUUUAUAUCAAAUGAUCCUUAAGCACGGUUCUACUUGUAUUAAGCCUGUGUGGAAUGUUAGUGGUUAGUAAGACACAGUGAUUUAGUCGUAGACGGGCUCUACAGGUACUUGGUGACUGUAACCCUUCCUAAGGAGGAGAGCCGAGCAGAGAAGCCUGUUCUGUCUCCCUGAUCGAGUCUCAGUAAAAUGAAUUUUAUUCAUACAAAGUAAUCGGAGUACAGGUUUUUCUACACUAAGUGCUACCCGGGCAGUGCCCUGUAAUUUCUUUCGCACAUAUAUGCACGUAGCCAAUCUGAACUUCAGUCCUGCUUCCACCGUGGACUUUCUGUGUGCCUCAGUGUCCUCAUGUGCAAUGACAGGAUGACUCCCACCUACCUCCAAAAGUGAAUAAAUAAUAGUCAUUGGUGGUGGUGGUUUUUUUUUUUUUUAAGCACUUUGAAAAUACACUGCCUACUAUAGAUAGGUAGAUUUGAAAGUGGAAAACAGGCUACUGCUUUUGAUAUAUUUUCAUAUAUUCAAGCAUAUAUAGGAGCAGUAAAACAUUGAGGACUGACAAGUUUAUCUCCUUUUCCUGCAUUUUGUAAAUUUGCAGAGUUAUAGCCAAAAUAAAUGUAAAUAAUCUUUAUUAAAAUUUCAGUAUUUCUAGCUACAAAGAUGCAGCAAAUUUGUUAAGGGGAAAUGUAUAUGUAAUACAGGUAAAUGUAUAUGAUUUGAGGGCACUAAAGCACAGAAAAUUUCCCCAUAAAAUAAACAUUCAGAAGGGAAAAAAAAACAAAACACUUUCACUCCAAAGGAACAUCUCGCAAGCAGACAGGACUCAAGAUGUUAGGCUUAUUGGUGGAUUAGCUCUGGCACAUGUUGGCCUAAUACUAGCCAGUGCUCUGUGGUCACCUUCCUUGCUGUUGCACGCCAGACUGAAAAUUCAUCUCUUACCUCAUCUCUGUGAAGCAAGCCAUGCGCCUCUUGCUUAGUUAUUUUUUCUCCUUGAAUGGCCUCAAUGUUAAUUUUGUUUUCGCAUGUAUUGUUUCACUGAGGGUCUCCAAGAACUUGAAGUGGACCUGCCUCAUUUUUCUAGGCCUCCUCCAUGCUUUAUAAUUUUUAUCAACAUUAGCAUUCUUGCCACUUUGGGCUUCAUCUUUCCUAUCUACAUUUUGAAGAGUUUUAUGUGCAAAGCAGACAGAUUUUGAAAAAUUAGAGAAAUCCCCUCCGUUCCCUCCAGUCAGUUUAAUACCUUUCAUUUGUCUUAUCCUCUAAGUCAAUUUCAUUUUUCUCUUUGAUUAGCCAGUAUCCAUACCAACAUGUAAGAUUUUAUUGAAAUUCAUUUCUCCUGUGGUCUGAGGAGCACUUUGAUACUCAUUGCCCAAGAGGGUGCAGCCAUCAAAUAGGACCACCUAAAAAAGUAAGAUGUGCCCUGACCUGCAAAGGUAAAGAUCUAACUCUGCAUUUUCACUGUGUGAUUCUUUCUAGAUAGUUAAAAUGACUCCCCCCUGCCGAUUUUCUCUAGCAGUUUGACAUUUCAAACUCAAUGCUCUGAUCCCCAGGAAAUGUUCUUUGAGAAAAAGAAUAGAGGGAGUUUUAGAAUCCAGUGCUGCUACAACACAUUAAAAUCUAAUCUUGAUUUUAAUGUGUGUACAUUUUGAAUAUAUAUUUUCAUUAAAUGAGGAAGACUACGCAAAACUGCUAUAAAGAAAUGUGCCUUUCAGGGAAGUAAUACUUAACGUUUGCAUCACUGAAAAUGAUUCUUAGUGCUCAUAAUGUACAGCUAGUUGAGAAUUUUCAUCAUAUACUGAAUGUUUUCUACUGUAAAAAAUAUUUCUCCCAAGUUUCAUCUCUGUAUCAGUAUAACCCUGAGAAAGCACAUUUUCUGUUUGAGGAUUUGUAACUUCCUAUGGAAAUCUACGUAUUUAGAAAUGAAAUUUAAAGUACUCUUAAAGAUUUGCCUUAAAUAUGUGAAUAGGAAACCUGCUUGCAAACUGAUUUACUUAAUAACUAAGCAUGGUGGUGGUCAUGAAAUUGAAUAUUACAAAACAUGGGGAUGUGGGGUAGAGAAGGGGAAGUCAAACAUAGCAAAUUGUUACAGUAGUUUAUGGGACAAAAAUACUAUUAAAAUAACUGCUGAGAAUUUUUAUCUUAUAAUUUUAGUCAUGUAAAAUAUAGAUGAAAAUUAAUAAAACUUUUCACUUAAAGGGA